AUGGCAGCCAACGUUCCCCCUUCCGCUGAGACUCUUCUCAGUGGUGCCGCGGCCCACCCUCCUAAGACCGCUGAAGAAAUCGCCAACCAAUACAACCUGCUUCCCAAGUUGAUCCCCUACCUCGACCGUCACCUCGUCUUUCCUCUGCUUGAAUUCAGUUCGGGCCAAGAUGACGAGAAGGAAGUUGUCCGUGCGAAGUAUGAGCUUUUGAAGCACACGAACAUGACCGACUAUGUUGCCAAUCUCUGGAAGGAGAUCAACGACUCCGACGACAUUCCCGAUGAGUUCGUGAAGAAGAGGGAGGAGGUUCUCGCCAAGUUGCAACAGUACGAGGAGGAGAGCGCCAAGAUCACUCAGCUGCUGCAGGAUGAGAGCGUCGUGGCCAACCUGCGAAGCGACAAGGUCGCCAACUUGAAGUUCCUCGAGGAACAGCACGGAGUGACCAUUGAAAUGGUCAACAGCCUUUACGACUACGGCCGGUUCCAGUACAGCUGCGGCAGCUACGGUAAUGCAGCAGAGCUCCUGUAUCAGUUCCGUGUUCUUUCGACGGAUAACGAUAAGGUCGCCUCGGCUACAUGGGGUAAGUUCGCUUCGGAGAUCCUCACCACCAGCUGGGAGGCUGCGAUGGAGGAAGUCCAGAAGGUCAAAGAUUCGAUUGAGACCCGUCUAUUCAACAACCCUCUGGGUCAGCUCCAGAACCGCUCCUGGCUGAUUCACUGGUCUCUUUUCCCCUUCUUCAACCACGAUCCCGCUCGCGAUGUCCUGACCGAUCUCUUCUUCUCCCCCGCCUACAUCAACACCAUCCAGACCAACUGCCCCUGGAUCCUGCGGUACCUUGCCGCGGCAGUUAUCACCAACCGUAACCGCGCACACAAGAGCAGCAGUGUAUACCAGAAGCAAUUGAAGGACUUGGUCCGUGUGGUGCGCCAGGAGGGUUAUGAGUACAACGACCCUAUCACCGACUUCGUCAAGGCUCUCUACGUUGAUUUCGAUUUCGAAGAGGCUCAGAAGAAGCUGGGCGAGGCCGAGGAUGUGCUCCGGAGUGACUUCUUCCUUGUUUCCACCGCUGAUGCCUUUGUCGAGGCUGCCCGGCACCUCAUCUCCGAGAGCUAUUGCAAGAUCCACCAGCGGAUUGAUAUCAAGGAUCUUUCCACCCGUCUCGGUCUGAACCAGGAUGAGGGCGAGAAGUGGAUUGUCAACUUGAUCCGCGACACACGUGUUGAUGCCAAGAUCGACUACAAGGAAGGCACCGUGAUCAUGAAUCACCCUCCCCAGUCUGUGUACCAGCAGGUCAUCGAGAGGACCAAGGGUGCUUUCUUCCGGACACAAGUGCUGAGGUUCGUCCGCUUAUUGUAUCCACAACACUGA